GGCGUGUUAGUGACGUCACGAGUUGAUGCGGCGGUGACAUCACGAGGAGGAGGACGAGGAGGAGAAGGCGUUUAUUGCUCACGGGCUCCCGCUUCCGUCCCCGGCUGUCUCCGCUCUGUCUCUCCCCUCCCCCCAACAACCCAUCGCGGCUGCUCCCCGUGUCUUCUCGACCGCCCGCCGCUGAGCCUCUCCCCCCGCCGUCGGUUUAUGGUCUCAGGCGCGGGGCUCCCGCGAGGGGCGUCCCGUCGCGCCGCGCAGUGACCGGCGCCGGCCGCCGCCAGGACAAUGGAUUCGGACGAGGGCUUCAUCUAUGAUGAAGACGAGGUGUACAGCGAGGAGGAGACCGACGAGGACGAUGACGAAGACGAGACGUCCGAGAUGGGUGAGGUGGAGAUGCAGGAGCCCGUGCUCGAGGCCGGCCAGGCCGGCGACGGGGACGAGUUCCCGCACGAAGUGCUCACGGCCGAGCAGGUGGUGCAGCACAUGGUGGAGUGCAUCAAGGAGGUGAACGAGGUGAUCGAGAUCCCCGCCACUACCACCCGCAUCCUGCUCAGCCACUUCAACUGGGACAAGGAGAAGCUCAUGGAGAGGUAUUUCGAUGGCAACCUCGACAAGCUGUUUGCCGAGUGCCACGUGAUCAACCCCAACAACCGCAAGCUGCGCUCGGCGCGGCCCACGUCCACGCGCUCCUCCUCCCAGGAGGUCUUCUGCUGGAUCUGCUACCUGACCUUCCCUCCCUCGCGUGAGGUCAGCGUGGCCUCUCCCUCCCCCGCCCCUCCUCUCUCUCCGCCGCAGUUCAUGACGGGCCUGGAGUGCGGCCACCGCUUCUGCGUGCAGUGCUGGAACGAAUACCUCAAGACCAAGAUCAUGGACGAGGGCAUGGGUCAGACCAUCUCCUGCCCCGCGCAUGGCUGCGACAUCCUGGUCGACGACAGCACGGUCAUGCGGCUGAUCGCGGAUCCCAAAGUGAAGCUCAAGUAUCAGCACCUGAUCACCAACAGCUUCGUCGAGUGUAACCGGCUGCUCAAGUGGUGCCCGGCGCCCGACUGCCACCACGUCAUCAAGGUGCCCUACCCCGACGAGAAGCCAGUGCGCUGCACCUGCGGACGCCAGUUCUGCUUCACGUGUGCAGAGAACUGGCAUGACCCGGUCAAGUGCAAGUGGCUGAGGAAGUGGAUCAAGAAAUGUGAUGACGACAGCGAAACGUCCAACUGGAUUGCAGCCAACACAAAGGAGUGCCCCAAGUGCAACGUGACGAUUGAGAAGGAUGGCGGAUGUAACCACAUGGUUUGCCGUAACCAGAGCUGCAAGGCCGAGUUCUGCUGGGUUUGCCUGGGGCCCUGGGAGCCACAUGGCUCCUCCUGGUACAACUGCAACCGCUACAACGAGGAUGACGCCAAGGCCGCGAGGGACGCACAGGAGCGAUCGCGAGCCGCCCUGCAGCGCUACCUCUUCUACUGCAACCGCUACAUGAACCACAUGCAGAGCCUGCGCUUCGAGCACAAGCUGUACGCGCAGAUCAAGCUCAAGAUGGAGGAGAUGCAGCAGCACAACAUGUCGUGGAUCGAGGUGCAGUUCCUCAAGAAGGCGGUGGACGUGCUGUGCCAGUGCCGCACCAUGCUCAUGUACACCUACGUGUUCGCCUACUACCUCAAGAAGAACAACCAGUCCAUCAUCUUCGAGAACAACCAGGCGGACCUGGAGAACGCCACGGAGGUUCUGUCCGGGUACCUGGAGCGCGACAUCUCUCAGGAGGCCCUGCAAGACAUCAAGCAGAAGGUGCAAGACAAGUACAGGUACUGCGAGAGCCGGCGCAAGGUGCUGCUGAAGCACGUGCACGAGGGCUACGAGAAGGACCUGUGGGAGUACACGGAGCAGUGACGCCGCCGACGCCGCCGCCGCCGCGUCCUCGCCACCGCCCACCGCCCGCGCCGCCACAGCGCCGCCGGCGCACGCCGGGAGGUAACGGGCGCCGCCACGAGGCGCUCCCGCCAGCCGGCGGCCUGGGACGGGGGGGGGGGUGCCGGGUGGUUGGGGGGCGGGGGGCCCUCCCGCUCUCGCCACCGCGCACCCCCCGCUCCCGUCCCAGUGGCGCGAGCGUUUUUAUUCCCUCCGCCGUUUGUUCUGUUUUUUUUUCUUUAAUAAUAAUAAAAUCCACCCGACCCCGACCCCCCCCCCCCCCCCUCGCUCUCCGCCGAGCACCGCGGCGACGUCCGAAAUCCGCGCCGGCAACCCGGGAGCCGGCGCCCCUCGCCGCAGCAGGGUGUGUGGGGGGGGGGGGGUGGGGGGGGAUGCCGCUCGCCGUAGUCAACAACACUUUGUAAGAUAAUGCCUAAAAGUGAUAUUUUUGGAUUGUAAAUAACCAUAUGCAUGGGAAUUGUGGCUACGUGAAGGUGUUGAGAUAUUUAUUGCGGGAGAGGGCGCGGGGGGGGGGGGCCGGCGCCCCCCUCCCCCCCCGCGUCUGCGUGCGCCUUCUAUGCAAAACCCUGCGUGAGCGCCGGCCAGACGCGUGCGGUGGCGCCCGCCCUCGCCCCCCCCCCCACCCUCUCCUUCCCCCGCGCAUCCCCAGCUCCAGUCCCCGUUUCUGUUGAACAAAAAUUUGAUGUAGAGACGGGAACCGGGAGGCGGCCCUCCGCUGCAGCCACCGCCGCCGUCCGGCAGGGGCGCUGCCAAAUCCGGGGAGACGCCACCCCCCCUCCCCCACCCAUCACAACCACGAGAACUACCACAGCCAGCAACCAGCAAUCACCACUGCAACAACCACCACCAGUUCCACAACCGUCAAUCACUGACCAUCAAUGACCACCGCCACUAUCGCCACUGCAACUACCACGACCGCCACCAACAACAACCACCAGCGCACCGCUGUCACCACCUCCACCGCAGUCAUCGUCGGUGCCACCACCUGCACUACCCCCACCGCCACCUGCACUACCGCCAUCGCCACAUGCACUACGGCCGUCACCACACGCACUACCGUCAGCAACACAUGCACUACCACUACCUCCACUACCGCCGCCACCACCUGCACUACCGCCACCACCUGCACUACCGCCACCACCUGCACUACCGCCGCCGUUGUCGCCACGUGACCUCGGCCCCACGGGACCGCCACCCUCCUCGAGAGCCGCGCCGCUGGAGCCCUGGCCCUCCGGGCCCCCCCCCCACUUACCGUCCUUGCAGGGGGGGUCCGCUCGCCCGCAGGGAUCUUCCCGCCUGGAUGCAACGCCCAUCUGAAGAUACCCCGCCCCCCCCCCCGCAGGCCCGCCACCCACCACCACCUCCCCGACCCCCGCUUUCUCCACCGCGCUCACCGCACACUUUGAUGUAACGUGGACAUGGGGAUCCCACCGUGACCCCCCCCCCCCUCUUCCUCACCUCCUCCCCUUGGGCCUCAGUGCCCCGUUCCCCCAAGGCCCUGGGCUCCCGCCUCCUGCCCCCCCCCCACCCCCCCGGGCCGCGCCGUUCGCGACGACUCGUGUUCGUGUUGCUGUUGUCCGCCCCGACCCGCGUUUGCUCCAUUAAACCCGAUUCUCCAAAA